CUUUGACAGCAAGCAGUCGCCAUGGCAGGGAGGAUCGAGGCCUGGUACUACGGGCUGCCGUACGUCACGCGUUUCUACCUCUCUGUGUGCUUCGGAUCGACGCUGUUGAGUACGCUAGGCUUCCUCAACCCGCAGUCGCUGUACCUGGACUUCGAUUUGGUGUGGCAGCGUUUCCAGCUUUGGCGGCUCACCACGUGUUUCAUGUUCCUUGGGAGCUUCAGCUUUCCCUUUCUCAUGCAGCUAAUGAUCCUAACUAACUACUCAUCCCGACUGGAGGAGGACCCGUUCCCGGGAGGAGGUGGCCCCACGGCUGACUACGCUUUCAUGCUGUUCUUCGGAGCCGUUUUACUAUGGAUUAUCGCGUUUUUCAUGAGCCUCCCGUUCCUGGGCACGUCGCUUAUCUUCAUGAUCGUCUACGUGUGGAGCCGUCGAAACCCGACAGCGCCCGUUGCUAUUUGGGGCUUCCGCUUCGACGGCCUGUAUCUGCCGUGGGCGCUAAUCGCCUUCACGGUGCUCGUCGGCGGCAACCCGAUCAUGGACGUCUUCGGCGUCAUUGCCGGUCACUUGUACUACUUUCUGCUGGAGGUGCUGCCUGCGACCAAGGGAUGGAAUUUGCUGCAAACGCCGGCAGUGUUUACAAACUUGUUCCCAUCCCCGCAAGUCGCGGCUGGUGGAGUCCCAAUCAUCGGCGCCCGCGGGGCUGCUGGUCGCGGUGGAGUUCCUGGCACAGGUGGCUAUGCUUGGGGAUCGGGAAGACCGCUGGGCUCGGAAUAAAACGAUCGUUGUAGAAGAGCAUAGUGUGAGGACAUCACGCACUGAGGCUCAUCAAUCGCACCAAUAAUGCUACUAGCGCCGGA